AUCAUCAUCAUCAUCAUCAUCAUCAUCAUCAUCAUCAUUCUCUAUAAUUAAGAAACACAAAAUCCCAAAAGGGUCAUUGAGUUUUUGCAGUUUACAUAAAAAAGAUUGCUACAAAAUCUAGUUUUUGUCUCUGUUUAGUUUCUCAUCACAUCAUGGCAAAGGUGCAUCCGCAGCUUGUCUCUUCAUGCACUUCAUCAAAGCAAGAAGUGUUCACUCUUUGGAUGAAGUCUCUAAUCAUGAGCACCAACGGCUGUGCUGUUUUCGAUUCCAACGGUUGUAUCGUGUUUCGUGUCGACAACUAUAGCCACAGAUGCACCACUCAAAUCUGCAUCAUGGAUGCCAUAGGCAAAGUCCUAUUGACUAUAGUUAAAAAGCAGAAAUUCUCCAUAUUUAAAACAUGGGAGGGAUACAGAUCAACAACAAGCACAGAAGGCGGGAAGAAGAAGCCGGUGUUUCAAGUUCGAAAACUCAUGGGAAUCAGAGCGUUUCUCAGAUAUUUGAGAGGUUACUCAAUGUGCAAAGCUUUGAUCAGAGUAGGCGAAGAUAAAGUAUGCGAAUACAGAAUGGAAAUUAAAAGUUGUAAGCAAUCUUGCCGAAUAAUUGAUGCUCAUGGUGGCCUUGUUGCAGAGGUUAAAAGAAAGAUAACAACAAGUGGAGUCGUUCUUGGAGAAGAUGUGUUAACAAUGGUUGUUGAACCUCAUAUUGAUCACUCUCUUGUUAUGGGAUUGGUGCUUGUCAUGUGAAUCUACUGGAUUAUUUUAUUUUUCAAGAGUGAAGAAGAUCCAUUGUUUUCAAUACAAGGAUCAGGCUCGGAAAUGGCAUCACAUGAUGCUCAGAUCCCAUUCAAUGUGUUGUGUUCGGAGGAAUCAAGGACAAGAGGUGCAGUCAUAAACAAUCUAGCCCACUGAUUGAUUUCUGUAAUAUAAAUUACAAUUCAUUGAAUACCAAUUACAGACAUCAAUAUGUGGUUGUUAAAUUUUUUAUUCUCUUUUAAGUUUAUCCUAUAAUUAAUUUAUUGUACUCCAUAAUUUACUC